AUGAACUCGCCCGCACCGCUCAUGCGUCCUGCCAUCCCAGGGAGCCGCGGCCGCGCUGCGCCCAGAUUGGGCCUGGCCAUCCCGCCCUCACCAAACGCCAAGCCCGUGGGCAACCUGACGAUCCAGCCGCCCGCCAGACCCCCUCUGCCGACGCUGCACCUCGCCACGCCCAUGGGCAGCCAGGUCACACCAGUUGAACAGCCCGCGAGGCCACAGGGGAUACAGCCCGGGCAGUCUGCAGGCGGCGGCAGCGAGAGCAGCGCGGCGCAUUCGAGGUCUGGGAGCUUCGGCCCUCUGGACGGGCGGGCAAGCAACCCCACGUCCGCCGGCUCUCAGUUUUCGGCCCUUUCCUUUGCCUCCCAGUAUGGCAUCCCCGUCACUCGAGCCCAGGGAACCCCGGAUCCUGUAUCUGCCGUUGGCUCCAUGAGGAGCGAAGGCGGUGUCUCUAUGGAGAGAGAUGGAAGCCUGCAGGGCCUCGAGGGGUUCGACAGACUCAGCAUUGAGAAAGCAAGAACUGCUGAUGUCGAGGAUCUGGACGACGAGGGAUGGAGAAUUGCCAGCCUGGAGAAGCGAAUCGUUGAGCUGGGCAACCUGGGUGAGGGUGCAGGAGGUGCUGUGACCAAGGCCAUGCUUAAAGGCGGCAAGACCGUCUUUGCCCUCAAGGUCAUCACUACCAAUCCCGAUCCUGAUGUCAAGAAGCAAAUUGUUCGAGAACUGGGUUUCAACAAGGAAUGUGCCUCGGACCACAUCUGCCGCUACUACGGAGCAUUCGUUGACCCCUCUACCGCCACCAUCUCCAUUGCCAUGGAGUUUUGCGAAGGAGGCUCUCUCGACAGCAUCUACAAGGAAGUCAAGAGGCUAGGAGGUCGUACUGGCGAAAAGGUACUGGGCAAGAUCGCCGAAGGCGUUCUUGGUGGCCUUACCUACCUACACACGCGAAGGAUCAUCCACCGAGACAUCAAGCCCUCCAACAUCCUGCUGUGCCGCGACGGCUCAGUGAAGCUCUGCGACUUCGGUGUUUCGGGCGAUUUCGGAACCAAGGGUGAAGCCAACACCUUUAUUGGAACCAGCUACUACAUGGCUCCGGAGCGUAUCACCGGCCAGUCCUACACCAUCACCUCGGACGUUUGGUCCACGGGAGUCACGUUGCUCGAAGUCGCGCAGCACCGAUUCCCCUUCCCUGCGGACGGCACGGAGAUGCAGCCUCGUGCAGGCCUGAUCGACCUGCUCACGUACAUUGUGAGGCAGCCAGUGCCGAAGCUCAAGGACGAGCCCGACAACGACGUCUACUGGAGCGACAACUUUAAAUAUUUCAUCGAGUGCUGUCUGGAGAAGCAGCCUAACCGUAGAGCGAGUCCCUGGAAAAUGCUAGAACACCCAUGGAUGGUCGAGAUGCGAUCAAAGAGAGUCAACAUGGUCAAGUACCUAUCCUUUGUAUGGGGCUGGGACGAGAAGCAAGUCAAAACUUCUCAAUGA